CUCCACGCUCGACCGCUCUAAUAAAAGCGCACCGUCGCGGAUGCGGUCUUUCUUGAGAAUAGUUCGUUGAUGAAAACUCCGAACAGAGCAAUACUAACACGAGAAGGCCAAGUUUCGACCGUUUUUCAAUCUGAGGGCUUCAAGUAUUCCGCUGUAUUCCUGGUCUCCCGGCGUAGAAAACAUUCGUUGACACGCGAUAAAGAGAGAGGCGUGGCUCAGCAGGAAUGGACGUUCGUAAUGUGGUCUGGUGGAUCAGGACAGUUCUUACAGUCUUCCUUAGUCUGGACAUAGACCUUGUGUUUGUGAUGGGAGGUCAGAGUGAGGUGGAGAAACACCUGGCUGAAGGAAAGAGACUCCUGCAAGAAGGACAGCUCUCUGAUGCCCUCUACCACUAUGCCGCUGCAGUCGAUGGUGACCCCUCUAACUACCUGACUUAUUUCAAGCGAGCAGCAGUGUACCUCGCAAUGGGGCAGACCAAGAAAGCUCUGCCAGACCUCACUUCCUCCAUUUACCUCAAACCUGACUUCCUCCAGGCCAGGGUCGAGAGAGCCAGCACUCUGCUGAAGAUUGGCAAACUAGAUGAUGCAGUGGCUGACUAUACAGAACUGGCAACAGGCUCCUCCAGUAUGGCUGUUGAUGCUCAGACUACUCUGGCAGCUAUUCCUAAUAUCAAGACCAGUGUGGAGAUGGCAGAGGCUCUGAUCAACAAACAUGACUACAGAUCAGCAGUGGAGAGACUGGGAGAGGCCAUUGAGUUCUGCCCGUGGGACGUCCAUUUGAGGGAGCUGAGAGCUCAGUGUUAUGAGGCUAUUGGCAUGCUUCAGUCAGCCAUCAGUGACAUAAAAAUGAUGAGUCGCUUGGUCCACGAUAAUACGGAUGCCUUCCACAGGAUGAGUCUGCUCUACUAUCACAUGGGGGAGGCUGAGGACUCUCUCAGGGAAAUACGAGAGUGUCUAAGACUGGAUCCUGACCAUAAAGUAUGCUUCCCUUUCUACAAGAAAGUGAAGAAGUUGGAUAAGCAGCUCAGAACUGCAAGUGAAAUGAUCCAAAACCAAGAUUACAGCGGAGCAGUGACAAAACUGGAGACAAUUCUGACAACAGAUGAACUCUCAGAGGCCCUGAUAUUGCAUUGCAGUGUCAACCUCUGCCACUGCCACUCAAAGCUGAAGAACCUGAAGGAGGGGGAGGAGUGGUGUGGGAAGGUUCUGGAGGUGGAACCAGAGUCAAUUGAUGCUCUCUGUGACAGGGCAGAGCUCUACAUCAGGCACCAGAUGUAUGAGGAGGCAGUCAAAGACUACCAGACAGCCAAUAGCAUCGAGGACCACCCCAACAAGGUUAACGAAGGUCUGGAGAGAGCUCAGAGAUUACUUAAACAAUCUCAGAAGAGAGACUAUUACAAGAUACUAGGAGUUUCAAGAACGGCCUCCAAAGGAGAGAUCAACAAGUCCUACCGCAAGCUGGCCCAACAGUGGCACCCCGAUACCUAUGAUGGAGAAGACAGAGCUAAAGCUGAGAAGAUGUUCUAUGACAUUGCAGCAGCUAAAGAGGUCCUCACUGACCCAGAGCUUCGUGAGAAGUUUGACAAUGGAGAGGACCCUCUGGACCAUGAGGCUCAGAACCAGAAUCCCUGGGGUCAACACGGAGGUCCCUUUGGCCAUGGACAUGGCUUCACUUUCAAAUUCAAGUGGCAAUGAUCAGCAGCCCCUCAUGCAUUACAUUUUAGUUGGAAUUGCUCACGAGUAUGAAUGCGCAUGCGCUACACCCGCCGAUUAGUUUGAAUUGCGAAUUUGAAAACGUGUGCUUGAAUUGACCUGUGAACGGAAGUUUGCUGUUUGGCGCUCGCUUGAAGGACCGCAGGGGGAGCCUUUCCAGCCGUCAGUUCAUGAAAUGGAGUCCAUGUCGACGGAACCUGAUACUGGCGGACUCCUGCUGCGACCCAAGAGUGUCCAGCUCGUACCAGUCAUCUUUGAGAAAGACGAAGAACCUCCAGAACCAAGUAGAGGAGGGGAGAAGUGCUACGCGUGUAUCGUGAGCAAGAAAGAGAAGCCCGAGCUAGCAUCAGCCUUGGAGGAGAUGGGUCUGGAGGUGUGCUACUCUGAGACUGGUCGCAAACUCCCAGCCAAUGUGCCUGACGAGUGUCGUAUUGUGUUUGUCUGUGAGCAGUUCUCUGGACCAGACUAUGAGAGACUGGUGGAUAAAAAGUUCAGGGUUGUUGGUCAGCCCUGUGUGUUGUCAUGCCGACUGAGAAACAAGCCCCUCGCCCCAAGUGUGCGGCCUACUUACUCAUGUUCCAUGGAGGGAACUGUCAUUUGUUUCACUGGAUUCAAGGACAAAGAAAUGCUGCACAGUGUUUGCAGUAAGGCUCAUCUGAUGGGAGCCAGCAUCAGGAAAGACAUGACCAGUUCAGUCACACACGUCGUCGCUCACUCCGUCAGUGGGUCAAAGUACAAGGUGGCAGUGGGACUAGGGACUCCCAUUAUGAGUGAGCAGUGGGUCAAUGAAUGCUGGGCUCACAGAGACAACAUCCACAUUAACGCCCAUUCUCCAGACAUGAUGUUGCACAAGCAGCUACCAUUUGCAGGCUGUCACAUAGCACUGGAGGGUUACCCUGACGAUGAGGCUCGGCACAUGAGAGACAUUGCCACUGACAAUGGUGGGAUGAAUGGGGAACUGGGCGACGCAGGUCUCACUCAUCUGGUAGUGGCUGAUACUGUGGACCCAUCAGAGAUACCAGUGACAUCAUCCAGAGUGCUGGUGGUCAAACAGCAGUGGUUCUGGGAGAGCAUCCAGAUAGAGGCCUGCGCUGACGAAGCUCUCUACCAGGCCAAGGAAUCUGCUCACAGCCGUCACUCCAGACAAAAAGCAUCGUUCAACUCAUCUCUCCACACCAGUAUUGACAUCAGCUUCCUGGAGGCUUCUCUCUACUCCCUGGCCUCCCCUGGAAUGAAAGGACUGGGUAAGAGGGAGGCUAGGAAGUUGGCGUGUUCUUCAACCUCCACACCUACCAAAGGGGCGGGCCCACCAAACACAGCUCGUUACCACAUCGCAGCCGAACUUCUGCAGACGGAGAAAAACUUUGUCAACAUUCUCUCACUGAUUGUCAAGGUGUUCAAGGAGCCGGUGGAAAGACCUCAGCAGAGAGGAGGAGCCAUACUUAGUGCAGAAGACAGUAAGAGCAUCUUUGGCAACAUCCCAGAGAUCCUGACCGUCCACCAGAACAUAGUGAGAGGACUGGAAGAGCUGAUGGCUCACUGGGAGGAGAGCACUUCCAUUGGAGCUGUACUCCUCCUACAGUCGGAUGAGCUCCUGAGAGUGUAUCCUCCAUUUGUCAAUUUCUUUGAGAUGAGUAAAGAGGCUCUGGCCCGCUGUGAGAGGGUCUACCCAAGGUUUCAUGCCUUCCUAAAGGUCAGUGAGUCACGAAGUGAGUGUAGUCGUCAGAAACUGUCAGAAUUGCUCAUCACUCCAGUCCAGAGAAUACCCAGAAUUAUACUCCUGCUGCAAGACCUACUGAAACACACAGACCCUCACCACAACGACCACUCCACUCUACAGCAGGCAGUGGACAGCCUCAAGAACGUGAUGACACAUAUCAAUGAGGACAAGAGAAAGACAGAGAGUCAAAUGCAGAUGUUUGAAGUCCUCAGAGACAUUGAAGACUGCCCUGCAACGGUGUUGUCUUCACACCGGCAGUUCCUCAGGAGACUGGACCUGCUGGACAUCAGCAGAGGUCACAGCAGAGGAGAUCCUCUGGCUCUGUACAUCUUCUCCGACAGUAUGGAGAUUGCCAGACGGAGACCGUCUGGGUUUGGAAUGAAGACAGCCACAAAACCAUUCAAACAUCUGGAGUUCCUUCCCUACACCUACAUCAGAUCUAUCAUCAACUUUGAGGACACUGAAGAUGUGAGUGGAGGGUUCGGACUGCUGGUGCAGUGGCCAGAGGAUCCUCAGGAGAAACUCCUGGUGUUUGGCCCAGAGAACGAAGACUCUUCCAAGUCUGAGACAGUCAGACAUCUUGCCAAGCUCAUGGCUGAUGCCCAUUUCUCUACUGACCCUGAUCAGUUUGUAGUGUCCUGUUCUGCUGACGUCAUUCAUUCCCUCAGCAGAUCAGCCAACUCCACUACCAUUCACAGAGCUCUGCAGUACGGUCUGACCUUACCACCACCACCACCCAACGUUCUCUGUCUAUACCUGCAGUGGUGUCAGGAAGAAGGUGAAGAGAGCAUUCUCCAGUCGUAGUAGGAAAUCCCUGGCCUCUCUGAGUGUACACAUGAACCUGCAAGGCAUAGGAGAAGAAAACGAGCCACCAUCUUCGCCUGAUGCCAUCUCCAUAUCUAUGGGCUCCCCCAAUUCCUCCACCUCCUGCUCCGUCCCCAACCUCUCCUACACUCCAAUCCACUCCAUCCACAGACUAACUCCUGUAGCCUCUCUCCGCACUUCCCGUUCCAAGCGACCGGCGCUAGGCAGCAUCCCUUCCUUCAGCGCUGUAGACCUCUCCCACUAUGGAACCUAACACAUGCAUGUCUCCCUCUUGUGUGACUGAAAAUGCUUUUUAUCCCACUCUCUCUUCUUGUUGAACUGACUACACAAUAUGUACUGUGCCUUUGUAUAUAUAAGUGUUAUGUUUCUGUCAAUAUUGGCACACAAAUACUCUGUUUUCGAAUUUGAUGAAUGCAAAGCAUGGCCAGUUUGAAGAGGAUAUUACAUUGCGAAUUGUGUGUGAAUGCGCAAAGAUCAAGAUAAACUGAUGAUCAGUGGUUGUGGUGACUGGAAGUACUGACAGACAGAAUGGCAACAAUGGUGAGUGUGAUUAUGUCCAGUCCACAGAAUCCUGUCUGCACCUCGUACAUGAGGUGGCCCCUCCAAUUAGUGAAUCCUAUCCUUGACAACAGUCGGCAGUAGACUGAAUCAGUCUCAGACGGUGCAGGUUUGGAGAAAGUGUGGGCAGAAGAUGGCAUUGGGAUUUGCCUGAACAAGACGAACAGGUUGCUUAUAUCUUCAUCUGAUAAACUCACAAUGCAGUCAACAGUAGUAGGCAACAGCUCUAUGAAUGACUCAGUAGCAGUAAUGAGUGCCUGGACCUCAUCACGCACUGACUGUGAGGAGAAACGUGCCAGUAACUCUGGAAAGAAGCUGUCACUUUCCCUGAUGUCUUCACACCCACUCUCCAACUUCUGCUGUACUGCAUGAAGCUCAUUGCUGAGUCCCAUUAGGUCUCUGUGUGAUUGCCUGAGGACAGAAACAAACUCCUUCUGCAGGGCCUGGUUUUCUUGCAAAGUCUUCAUCAGUACAGCAAUUUCACUGAUCCUCUCACUGUAUGUCUGGCUGCACAGUUCUGGGAAAUCUUGAGCUGAAUUCAGUCUCUGUGGACACGGAGUGUCGACCAUGAAUUGACCUUGUCUGGCAUUUGCUGUUGAUCUAAACUUUGCC